AAACAUAUUUAAUGAAUGAUGAUUAGUCUUCAAUUAGGAAAAAAAAUUCAAUAAAUAUUGACCAUUGAUUUUACAAUAAAUCUUCCAAUUUGCACUCAUUAUGACGACAACAAUUACACUGGAUAAAGAUGAACAAUAGUACUCCUAAUUUAGAGGGACACGCAACACAAGACAUUAAGGUAACUAAUCAGAGGCCAAAGAAGUUUGAAGUCAAGGAUUAUGACAUAGACAGUUAAGGAAGAUGAGACAACAUUGACAGUUAACGCGUUUUCUCAUGAUCCCUCCUUGAACAGUCAUUAUGAAGUGAAGUGUGAACCUUUGAUUAUUUGUCUUAUUAUUCCCAAAGACUCUUUCAACUUCAAAUUGCUGCUUGUUUUUUCUCUCAUCUUUUUCCAGUAUUUCAACCAAGGGCCCACUUUUUUGUUUAUUUCAAAACCUCUACAUUGACUCAGUUUUUGAUAUUUCUCAAUCGCAGUUUCCUUGCAUAUAAGUUAACUACUGGUUUAUUAUCCUAGUUUUGAUGGUUUAGACGGAUCCGAAACCAAUAAGAGAAGAUUCAGAUUUGCAGUUUAUGAAGUCAAGUCUUUGUCUUUAUUCAAAAAUAGGAGUUUAGUAACUUGAGCAUGAAGUUGGUCUCACUUCCCUAAAGGCCAAAAAUAUAGAUAUCAUGUGUUCCCACCUUCAUUUCCAUUCAUGUUCAUUUUCCAUUUGGUGUAUGAAGCAUUUAAAGUUGGUGGUGUUAUUUUAUUGUGUAGACUGAAAAGUGUAAAAACAAGUUAGACAGACUUCAACUUAUUUUAGAACAUCAUAUCCCUGACCCCUUUUGCACAUAAAGUAGCUAGGAGAAUUAAGGAUGAAUCUAGUUUGCGAAUUUCUGUUCCUUUUGUUUUCUCACCUUAUGUUACUUGGUAAUGGGUACAAAGAAGAUUGUCCAGCUUCAUUAAAAUGUGGUUUCUUAGGCAAUAUCAGCUUCCCUUUCACUACAACAGAAUACCAGGAUUGUGGUUUAUUGCCAAUACAUAAUUGUGAUGAUCCAGGGAAGCCCAAAAUGGUCCAAUUUCAGAAUAAAGGAAAAUGGUUGGAGGUUGAAAUUGUAAAUCCUCUUGAGUUUCGCGGUGGUAAUGCUACUAGUGCUUGUGUUUUCAGAGACAGGAAUCUCUACCAACUGCUGCAAAACAAAAGUUGUGAAGCUUUCAAAUAUAAUUAUACUCUUCCUCCAACCUCUCACUUUGUUUCUUUGCGUAUAGAAACUCAUGCAACCUUGUUCAUGUGCAACCGUACCCUCCAUGUAAACCCUCCGAAACAUAUGCAUAUGCAUAACUAUACAAACUGCCCUCUCUAUGAUUUUUACUACCAGCCUUAUAAAAUUGCUGAUAAUGUAUCUCGGAGUGCUUUUACAGCUUGUACAAAUGCCCUGCUUCCCGCUAAAGACUUUGCUGACUCUGAUGACCCUUUUACUUUCGUAACGGCUGAUAUCCUAGUUCAAUUAAACAUAACAGAGGAAUGUGCACGGUGUCACUACAACCAAAGAGGACGAUGUCAACUUGACAGCAAAGGGAGGUUUUUGUGUGCCAAUGCUAUGGUUCCAAAGCGAAAAGGGCUGACGCGGAAUGUUAAACUGGGUAUAGGUUUGGGUAUUGGAAUCCUGGGCAUCUUGUUCAUCGGGUUGCUGUUUCUCCAACUCUACAAACGAAAACAUACUAUCUCGGUUGGACACUUCCAAUCUAGUAACUCUUAUUCUGAUUCGUCCAUAAAUCCACGCAGAGAAAUUGGUAGUAAACACUUCGGAGUUCCAUUGUUCUCCUACGACGAGCUUAGAAAAGCAACAAACAAUUUCGACCAUACUAAAGAACUUGGAGAUGGAGGCUUUGGUACAGUCUACUUUGGGAAACUUCCCGAUGGACGUGAAGUUGCCGUCAAACGUUUAUACGAACACAACUAUAGAAGAGUAGAACAGUUUAUGAACGAAGUUAAUAUCCUGACAACUUUGCGCCAUAAAAAUCUCGUGUCUCUUUAUGGCUGCACAUCACAGCACAGCCGUGAACUACUGCUUGUGUAUGAAUAUAUCUCAAAUGGCACCAUCGCAAGUCAUCUCCAUGGUGAAUUGGCCAAGCCAAACUUACUACCAUGGUCUAUCCGAAUUAAAAUUGCCAUAGAGACUGCUACUGCCUUGACUUAUCUCCAUGCUUCUGGUAUCAUCCACCGUGAUGUGAAAACCAGCAACAUACUCCUUGACGACAAUUUUCGUGUUAAAGUUGCAGAUUUUGGCCUUUCAAGAUUAUUCCCUGAGGAUGCCACUCAUGUCUCCACGGCUCCACAAGGGACACCGGGUUACCUUGACCCCGAGUAUCACCAAUUUUAUCAGCUUACUAGCAAGAGUGAUGUAUAUAGUUUUGGGGUUGUUUUGAUUGAGCUGAUAUCAUCUAAGCCUGCUGUUGAUAUAAACAGAAGUAGGGAAGAGAUUAACUUGUCAACUCUAGCCACAAAGAAGAUUCAAGAAAGUGCAAUUGAUGAGCUGGUAGAUCCUAGUCUUGGUUUUCAUUCAGACGAUGAGGUUAAUAGCAUGAUAGUUUCAGUGGCAGAAUUGGCAUUUCAGUGUUUGCAAAGGGACAAGGAGUUGAGACCUUCUAUGGAAGAAGUGUUAGAUGAACUUAGGAGAAUAGAGAGUGGGAGGGAUGUGGUUGAGGUUGUAGAGGAAGCAGAUGUUGAUGGUGUUGGUGUUGGCGUUGGAUCUUCGCACAGUAAUGUAAAUCCACCACCAGCCUCACCAGAAUGGGAUGAAGUUGGAUUAUUGAGGAAUGUGAAGAAUAUGAAGCAUCCGUCUUCACCAAACACCGUCACUGAUAAAUGGGAAAGUAUUAGUACUACACCUAAUGCCAGUGCUUAAUCACUGCCUAGUAUCAAUUGUUAAUAGUCCAUUUUACUGAAUCAACUACAAGCAAUGAUUGUUAGUUGAAACAUGAAAAUGAGCGAGUACAAUGUAUCAUUCUCGUCUCAUCUGUUUAUAUAGAUGAUUAUUUUAAGAGACAUUGCAGUCAGGCAAAGAGUUGAGAUGGAGGUACAUGUAAAUAUUAUAAAAAGAGGUACAGAAAUAAGACAAAAAAAAGGGAAAAUUUUGGAUACAA